UCCCGGCGAACUUCCCCGACGGCAGCGGCAGUGUGGGCUGUGGUGGCGGUGGUGGCGGCGGUGGUGGCAGCGGUGGCGGCUUAAGUCAAAUUCAGCCUCCUGCGUCCUUGCCGGCCGGGAUCCCGCAGGGCAGACGAUCCGUCCCGGGAGCAGAGAGAGGAUGGUUAUCCGCGUGUUCGUCGCCUCUUCCUCGGGCUUCGUGGCGAUAAAGAAGAAGCAGCAAGAUGUGGUGAGAUUCCUGGAAGCUAACAAGAUCGAGUUUGAGGAGGUGGACAUCACCAUGUCAGAAGAGCAGAGGCAAUGGAUGUACAAAAACGUUUCCCCAGAGAAGAUGCCUGCUCAGGGCAACCCACUGCCACCGCAGAUAUUUAACGAUGACCGAUACUGUGGAGAUUAUGACAGUUUUUUUGAAUCAAAGGAAAGCAACACAGUCUUUUCAUUCCUGGGCCUAAAACCACGAUUAACAUCAAAGGCAGAAUCUUAGGAGAAAUGGAAGAUGAUGGAGAUGCAUUUUGGAGCACCCCUGAUACUCAGCACACACCUGUUAACCGAAUGCAUCACUGUGACAAAAACCACGUGUAUCAGCAGUAAUGUUUCUUGCCACAGAAAAGGUGUUUUUGGAAGAUGUGGGUGUAAUGGGGAUUGCAUGAUUGCUUUAAACCAAAUCAGAACUGUGGUGGGUUUUUAUUUCUUGUUUUCAGAUUUGCUUGCAGUUGCCUCACUUGAAACUACUUUCACCUGUUAUAGGUAUGCUUCUUUAAUAAUGGAAAGUUAAGUGAGUGGCACCAUCUCAGAGAAAAUGUUGGAUCUUAGGUUACAGUAGAUGCCAUUAUUGCAUGCACUUGCUUCUCUUUUAAGUUGUCCUUUAUAUUAGUCGGCCAGGCUGUUCGAGUAUUUGGGUCAGAAUUUUAAAGAGCAGUGCUUUUGACAAAAGGCAUUGAAGGUUUUUGCUGCACAAUCUCAAAAGUUACUGUUCAUGCUUUGUGAUAACACCUAUGAAAAACUGAAAUGUUCUCGACUUCCUUCAAUAAUGAAACUCCAGAAGACACAUUCCCUCAUAAAGGCCGAAGCUCCCACAGCUGAUUUGCAAAUUACUGUUGUGACAUUUUGUGAUCAGAACCGAGCAGGGAUGAAAACAGUUAAAUAUUUUGGACAUCAUGUGCUCCAUUAUCUUUGGUAAAAGGAAAAUUUCACCUAAGGACAUUAAAACUGUUGGAAACAUAUAUUUUAAGAGGUACACUAGUUAGUAAAUUUAUAGGAGACUUAUCUUAAGGCAUUUUCAGCUCUAGCAAUUUAUUUAUAUGUGAGUGCACAUAUAUUUUUAAAUGCAGCUCCCCUAACUAAAGCUGCUUAUUCUAUUUUGUGAAGGGAUUAUAUUUUUUAAAAAAGGAAGAUCUUGGCUAGAUCUAUUUUGAUCUUGAUGAAGCAUAUUAAAAGAUACCAGUAUUGCUAUAGAAUUUACUUGCUUUCCUGCAUUACUUUUCAUUGGUUUCCCUACCUUACCAACUUUUCUGGCUAAUGUGCAACUCAGAGUCUUCAGAGUCACGUAGAUUUAUGUCUUCGUUGCAUGUAUGAGCACAAGUGAGUUUUCAGAGUGACGUGUGAGAAAGGGGCUGCCUGGGGAAUAACUAUAAGAAACACCCACCUUGUCAGGCACAGGCUAAACCCAGGUUUCCACAACAGAGAUGCUUACAUUUUGAGUUUACACUUGCCAAACGUGCAUACAGCCUUUAACAAGAUCCUCUCAGAGUGCUGCCUAAAAUCCUUUUCUAUUUCUAGCGUCUUAAUUCUUAGCCUUUCCUUAGGAUUGUGGGCAGGAGGUUUGUAAGAAAUGGAAAGAGCAGAAGACUUAAAGCCCUGAUCCCUGUGCUUUCACCCCGUGGCCCGUGUCUUACUCAGAGUGGGCUGCUCUCAAGAAGUUGUUGAAUGGUAAAGCUGAAAUCCACACCUGCAACCAGAAGGAAAGCAUAACAGAUCUACUUGACUCAUACAGAUGUACGAUCCAUAAUUUUCUCUCCAAGGGAAGUUGUUUUUUAUUAAUAGGCAUUACUGAUUCGUUGGAAUUAGACAAGAUCCAGGUCAGACUGCAUUUGAUUGGAUCACAGGGACUCUCUAGGAUUUUUUUUUUCUUUUCCUUACUGGAUGUUGUUUGAGUGUGUGAGUCUCUUAGUAAGACUUAGAGGUUCUUUUUUUAAGGUACAACUAUUGAAACAUUUUUGCAUUGUAAUUACCCAGCUCACAUUUUAGUCGGCUCUUGCCAGUGAGUGCCAAUAACCAACUCAGUAAGAUAGAACUUUGUAAGCUGAAUUUUGGAAUUGUAGGAUCCAUAUUGCUAGACAAAUCUCCCCAGAGUUGUCGGGCUUGUAACUUCUGAAUAUACCACAGUAUAUACCUAAAAUGAUUAGACAGACUACAUGAAUCACAGUGUUAAGCUCCCAUCACAGUUACACAACAAAACGCCUCCCUAAUUUUGGAGUGUUUGUUGGGCAAAGAAACGCAAGAGCCCAACCUCAGGUGGCAGUGUUGUUAAUGAGCUAGAAGCCCAGUGUGUGGCACUUCCCACGGCAGUCAGGCUCCGUGAAGCACUGGGACAUCACCCUCCAGGAUCACGCUGUGUUCUAAGAAUACUGCAUGCUUACUUGCACUCGCUCACCAGCUGAAUUCCAAACACGUAGUAAUGAUUUCCUUGUUCUCUUCUUUAGCUAGCUUCCUUUAGGUUUUGGUAAUCACCGUCUUAAAACCUAAGAAACAGAUGGGAAUUGCAGGCAUAGCUGUCAUUUCAAGGGCAUUUUAAGAUAGAAUUUUGAUUUCCUGGAGCAGGCUUAUGCAGACAAAGGAAACAUGCUGCUAAAGAUUAAAUUAUGUCAUUUAAAGUUGAUCAAACACAGAAUGCCAUCCAGCUGGGUCCAAACACCAGAAAGUAUUUGUUUUUAACGUCCCCCCCCCCCAAUUCUGAUGUUUUAUUAAAGGAAAAGGAAAAUUCCUUCCCCACUCAUAGUCUAAUGUGUUUUAGAUUUUUUUUUUCUGUUUUGCAGAUUUUGUUGUACACUCCACUUAGCUGGUUUUAUAUUAAGUGAGCUUGAUAAUCUAACUAAGCUAAUUCUUGGCUUCUGCCUUUUUCUAUUCUGUCCUGCUUGUUUGAUUUUUACUAUGGGGUUUUGCUUUUUUCUAGAAAUAUUUUUUUCACUUAACAGUCUUUCUUACUUGUCAGGAUCCACUUUAAUCUGCGAAGUUAUUGUUUUCAGAUCUCAAUUUGUAUGUGUUUCUCUAAAGAUUGGUGAAAUCUCAGAGUUUAUAUUCAGCAUUAAAGAGGAAUAAAUAUCAGAAACCUCAUAUUCUGAACAUGAAAUGUUUGUUCCCUAUCAUUUCUCACACCUUUUCUAAUUUCGGCUCUGUGCUUGGCUGAAUCCCUUCUGUUUAAUUGGGAAACUUUUUUCCCCUCCAUCCUUAAAUCCCAGUUUUGUAAACUGCACAUUCAGUUAUAAAAAUGCAAACCUCCUGUGUCCCUUUAAGGAGCCUGCAUGUUGCAGCAGCAGGAUCAGGAUGGAGUUGAAUCUCUCAGCCCCCUCGGGUUGGUUCAGAUGAAUGACCCUGCAGUCAGUCUCCUGAGCACACUGACGCCCCAGACGGGUAGAUAUGUUCACCUAAUUGGGUGCAAGAAACAAGAAUAGAAUGGUCAUGACCUCUGUUAUCAGGGCCUCUCGAAGACUGUAUCUGGGGAAACUAGUUCAAACCUUAAAUGCCAGGAUGGAGGGUGGGAGGAGCAAGGGUUCCAAAGGAACAGGCUAUAAGUUUGUUAGAAAUGUGCCAAACUCUGAAGUCACCCAAGCAACAUGAUCAACACCCAUCUGUGAGCCAUUUUUCUGAGUUGCUGGUUCCUCUGGUUUGGCCAUCCUGUCCUGUCAAUAUGUACUGAACCCCCAGAAUAUCAUGGCCAUUGUCUGAUCAGGACAGUAGUGGUCUCCCGCACAGAUGAGGGAAACACACAAAAGUAGCAGCUGCAGCCAGCUAUGCACAUGAUAGUUGAUGGUGCUCCAGGCAGUGGCUCAGCAUCUGAAAAACUACACAUAAUCUUUUUAUUUUGAAACAAUCAUCCAUUUUGAUUUAUUUCAUAAAUGCAAAGGAAUAUAUAUACGCACACAGGCCCACAUGUAUAAGCUAGAGGAUAAAAAGUAAUAACAACAAUAGACCUAGGUACCUACCUCCAAUCUUUCUUUUUGAGAUGUGUGCUUUUUGAGAUGUGUGCUUACUCUUGAACUUUUGUUCCUCCCUGUUGGACGGAGGGAGUCCCUGUCUUCAAUUUUCUGUUGAUCUCAGCGUUUCCUUGAUCAUUUUAUUUCCACAUAUAUAUCCUUAAAAAAUAAUAAAUCGAAUAAAACUUAA